UUGCGCACUACCGAUGCGCAUAAAUCGAUUUGAAACGGAAGUAACCACGGGAUGUACGCUUUGUCAAGAGGACCCAGAAAAAUUGUUGCUAGCACCCGCAGAGGUCCUGCUACGCAACUCGACAACCUUGAAAUUAAGGACACCGAGAAAGAACCUUCGAACGGCGUUAUAAUGAGUUUUAGUUCACCGAGACCAUACUUCAACCCCCAUGCUGUAAGGCGUGGAGGCGGAAACUUCCAGCGACCACAAAAUGCAAAUGGAUCCCAGCUGGAAACCUCUUCACAAAUUCAACAUGAAGAACUUGUCCGAUUUGUAAUGCAAUCAUGGUCCAAAGUGAAAAAUGAGAUGGAAAUGUCUUCACGGAAUUCCAAUCAAAGAGAUGGUGGACCAGUUGUUUACAAGGACAAAAUGCAUAAUCCUAGUUUACAGGGUUUUGAACCAUUUGACCUUGCAAGCUACUGGGGAACCAGAACCAUGCAAAAAAUUACAGGCUCAAGCUGAAGAAGCAGACAAUUGAUUAUUGCCAGAUGUCUUUCAAGCUGUCCCACAGUGAUACAGGGUCAGCUACCACCCCUUGUGCCUUGAUGGACUUUGACUUAACAACACAGCAAGUAAACAUAAGUCAAAGUGGAGGUCACACUGUGGUACCAAAGGGAUGAUAUGAGAUUGUAUGACAGAGUAAAUUUUCUGUAAACUUUUUUUCGGUUUUAUAUAUUGUUGGUUUUGUACAAUGAAUUGAUAUUGUAGCUCUGAUGUCCCAAUCAGAACCUCUAUGGCUCAACAUGUUAUGAAGGCAACAUUUUAUUCAUUCUCGUAGCAGAAAGAAGUUUACAGAAGAGGCUGUACAGUAGAGAUUGUGUGAAAAUGUAUUUUUGUGUGACAAAAAGUAACUGUUUUAAUAUUUUAUCCUGGACUGGGGAAAAUUUGAAUCUAUAGUGUAAAAGUAAAUCAAUGAUUGAAUAUAGUUCAUUUUAUCAUAAAUUGUUGUACAUUAUUUUAACUGUGUUAAUGAAUGUUGAUGUAUGGGGUAUAGAUGAAGAAUUGUGUAUAUUGUGUAUAUUGUGUACAAGUAAAGUACAUUAUAUGUUAA